GAGAAAUGAUCAUUUCCCGCUCGUGGCUUGUCUUCGCGAGAUAAGACAGGGAGAGGGAGUGUUUCUUAUAUCUGCCUGCGCACAGUAAAGACAAAAGAUUUGGAGAGAAAUGUGCAAACUGCUUUAGGUUAUUACGAUGAAGUGUGUAUUCCUGCUUGAAAUCUUUCUUCUCUUACUGUUGUCUUCAGCAGCAAUUACAAAUGCAGCGUCAGUGAGGCCCAUCAGGUCCGUGUCUGACCCCGUGCACUGCCAGUGGGGCCCCUGGUCCCAAGAAGGCUGGUCCGCCUGUGAUGGAUGCUCCAAAACACAGACGCAGAGCCGCUCCAUUACAGUCUACCCUCAGUUUGGUGGUCAGCCUUGCACUGGGAGCUCAACCCGUACUCAGUCAUGUAUACCGGCUCAGGCCUGUCCUCUAGAGGAGGGUUGUGGAGAACGUUUCCACUGCCAGUCUGGGAGAUGCAUCAGCCAGUCUCUGGUCUGCAAUGGAGAUCAUGACUGUGAAGAUGGCUCAGACGAGUGGAAAUGUGACAGCAAAGAGUUCUGCAAUCUGCAAAAACCUCCACCGAAUGUUGAGCUCACUGGUCAAGGGUUUGAUGCUGUGAGAGGAGAAGCAAGAGGAACAGUUAUCAACACCAAAAGCUUUGGAGGUCUGUGUAAAAAGACCUUUAGCGGAGACCACAGGGACCUAUAUAGACUUCCCCAAAGUGUCCUCAGAUACGCUUUCCAGGUCACAGCAAAAAAUGAUUUCACAGAUGAAUCUUAUGAAAGCACUUGGCACUACGUUAAUCACAUUGAGCAUCAUUCAAAAACAACAGGCACAACUUAUGGGCAUGAAGAUUAUGUCUUCCAUGAUGAGCUAUUUCAGUCACAGUCUAAAAAUCUGCUGAUCAUGAAGAGUGAUAUGGAUGUGGCCCAGUUCCAAAACCAGGCCCCAGAAUAUCUGCCACUUUCGGAAGAGUUCUGGAAAGCACUGCGAGCCUUGCCUGUCUCAUAUGAUAAUGCUGCCUAUCGCAAUGUGCUGGAGAGAUUUGGGACCCAUUAUAUUUCAGAAGGCACUCUUGGGGGCCAGUUUAGAUUAUUUAUGGCAGCCGGCCAAGAUGUCUUAAACAAAAUGCAAAGGGUGGAAAGAGACUAUAAACGUUGUGUCGAGGAGUCCCAUUCUAUCUUGUUUUUCAUCAGGUGGACCACUGUAAAUUGUGAUGAGCAAACUUAUAGGAAAUUUGAACGCGAUUAUAAAAGCAUAAUACAAAAUGAUAUGACCACGAAUAUCAUUGGUGGAGAUCCUGGAUAUAUAGCAAAAUUGUCCAAUUUUAACAAAAACACACCAGUGGAGAAUGGCAGGACUUUCUCACAGUGGUCGGGUUCAGUGAAGGUGUUUCCAAAAGUCAUCAAACCAAAGCUCAGGCCUCUCUAUGAGCUGGUGAAAGAGGUCUCGUGCGUGGGGGUGAAAAAGCAUCACUUAAAGCACGCAAUUGAGACUUACCUCAGCGAGAAACAUCCAUGUCACUGCAGAGAAUGCCAGAACAACGGGCUGCGUGUGCUGAACAAUGACGUCUGUAAGUGUGUGUGUAAACCAGGCACCAAAGGCCAGGCAUGUGAGCACGGGACGCCUCACGAUGAACAACCAGGAGUGAUUCAUGGAGACUGGGCUUGUUGGUCAUCAUGGAGCUCCUGCAAGGAAGGUCAGAAACGCCGGAGUCGCUCCUGCAGUCGUCCCGCUCCUUCAGGCGGCAGGGACUGUAUUGGGAACGCUGUGGAGACGACAGCCUGCGAAGAUGAAUUAGAUUACCUACGUACAAUGGAGCCUCACUGCUUUGAUGAUUCCAUCACACCCAGGAAAAGUUGUAAAACACCCCCCUUCCUCGCUAAUGGGUUUGUUUUGUACCCCAAAGAUGCAUAUCCAGUGGGCAGUAAGACUGAAUAUACAUGCAUUGAGGGCUUUCACCUGAUCGGGGAUCCUAUAGCAGAAUGCCAAGAAAAUCUGAACUGGUUGAGAAAUCAAAUAGAGUGCAAGAAAACAUUAUGUGAUCUACCUCAGCUUCCUCCAGAUGUCACUGGAAGCCCAUGGAAGCUUGCCUAUAACAUCGGUGAAGCCGUCUCGCUAUCCUGCCCUGAAGGGAAGGUCAGAGAAGGUCCAGCUGAGAUUCAGUGCAAUGCUGGCCUUUCCUGGUCACCGCAACCAAAAGAAACCAGCUGUCUCACAGUUUUAAAUUCAACCACUGUGACAAUGCAAUGCAAACCAUGGGAGAACCUGGCAAAGGACAAAUGUGUCUGUAAAGUACCCCACGAGUGCAAGUCUUCCUUUGAGAUAUGUGCAACCGAUGAGAAGCGCGGUCGGACAUGGACACUGAGUCUGUGUAAAGUACAGGCUAUGCGCUGUCUGGGACACGAGUACACGCUGGCUGAAGACAGUGCCUGCCAGUGGCCACGUCGCACAUCCACCGCUUGCCCGCACUGCACAGUCUGGGAGACGUGUGAUGAGCAAACGAACAGCUGCCGUUGCAAGACGAGUGAGGAAUGCUCAUCCCUGGACGCUUGGAUCCACGUGUGCGUGCAGCAGGAAGGAGCGACGGCGCCAGUGACAAUGACAGAAUGUGAGGCGGCUGUGAGGAAAUGCAGAGGAGAAGCUGUCCGCAUUGUCAGCAUUCAACCCUGUCAGUCAUAAUCUCAGAGCCUCACUAAAGAGUGUAAAUUAAUUUUGUUACCUAAAUAUACAAUCAAAAGAUUAAAGUAGUAGUUCACCCAAAAAUGAAAAUUGUGUCAUCAUUUACUCAUCCUCAAGUGUUUCCAAACCUGUAUGAAUUUCUUUGUUCUGCCGAACACAAAGGAAGGUAUUUUGAAACAAGUUUGUAGCUGUUUUGGGCCACCAUUGACUUCCAUAGUAGGAAAAAAAAUACUAUGCAAGUCAAUGGUGACCCAAAACAGCCUAACGUUUUUUCAAAAUAUCUUCACUUGACAAAAUUCAUACAGGUUUUGGAACUACUUGAGGGUGUAAAUGAUGACAGAAUUUAGAUUUUUGGGUGAACUAUUCCUUUAAGUUAGGACUGUUCGCCGGGGAAUAGUGGACUAGUGAGUAGAUAAGGUUUCCUAUUUGCUGUGACAAUAUUUAAUGUCCCAGACAACAAAUGUGGUCCAUUUAACUGCAUUUUUCAAGACAAGUAAAAGCUUUUUAAAAAAAUCACAAGGGAGCACUUACUUUUAUGCCAUAGGAAUAAAAUGAGAAUCUGCGAAACUAAGUGUUUUCACUUUCCUCAACUUUUGGGUUAGCCUAAUGACCAGCAAAAAAAAAAUAAGAAAGCGCUAGUAAAACCAACAUCGCCAUGCAUUCCCGUCAACCUGUUCUGGACUUCCACUGGGCUCUGGACAGCAUGAUAUUGAGCCAGCUCCAGACGUCCUGCCAAACUCCUGACAACCAGCCCGGAUUCCGCCAACAGCUUGUCCACCAUCAGCACCGCAGCCAAAUAAUUAACCUGAAAACCUCGUCUGUUCCUGUAAACGUUUUUUUUUUUGCACCUUCCAUUACUGCUUCAGCAUUGUUGCGAGAAAGCAAAAGGGUAGGCACUGCUGCCAGGUGCGAAUUUCACAGCCUCCCUAUUAAUGUGCUAACAAAUCCAAUUACCUAUAACUGACUGAGAUCCAAACGUGAUAAAUUUAAUGGGAGACACUGAAAUUGGAGCCUGUGACCUGUCAGAGGGUUGUUCUGAGAAUUGCGGAUAAUAGGGUGAAUAUCAGAUGGUUUAUAUUGUUUCUUACUGAAUAUCUGACUAACAUGUGUCUCUCUGAAAAGAGCUCUUUUAUUAUCUCGAGGAUUAAUAUCUGUACCUUUUCUUAUGGUGCUUUGUACGUUAAAUAAAAAAAAAAAUUGUAACACAA